AUGAAAAUGUUGGACUUGAAGUUGUUUUUUAUAUUUUAUGAUCUACGUGUUCUGUCAAUUACAAUUUAUGUUUCAAACAUUAAAAGUAUGAGCUCAAUACGUCUCCUAGGAAGUAUUACAUUUGCCUGUUGUAGUGCAGCUGUUACAACUUUAUUGUACAAUUAUUUCCACCAAGAAGAAACAGAAGUAUUAUUUUUUCAUGGAACUCUGCCACUUUGUAAUUUUCACCGCAAUUUAGUUACUAAAACCUCAAUUCAAAACAAUGAGUGUUUUGAAUGCAAACUAAACAUAAUAAUUGGAUGGCUCAAUAAAACAAAAAAAACUUUAGACAUUUGUAUGUACAUGUUUAAUCAUGAAUUGCUAGCAAAUGCAGUUAUUGAUGCUCAUAAGCGCGGAGUCGUUGUCAGAAUAAUUAUAAAUGAAGAUAAUCUACAAACUACAUGGAAAAUGGGCAAUAUGGGUAUUUCAAAAAGAGUUAAUAAGGCUAAUCACAAUAGAAAUUUAAUGCAUCACAAGUUUGUUAUUAUCGAUAACAAAAAAGUUAUCUUGGGAUCUAUGAAUUGGACUAAAAUGUCUGUUCGAGCAAAUUGGGAUAAUUCAUUUAUUACAAACAAUUGUGAAUUGGUAAAUCCUUUCAGAAAAGAAUUCCAAAGGUUAUGGAAACUGUUUAAUUAGUUGUUAAAAAUURUAAUGUAUAAAAUGUUCAGUUUAUUAUG